GCCCCCAACACCUGCCUUCCUUGAGGGCAAAGGAACUACAACUCCCAGGGAGACCCGGAAGCAGGAGAGGCAAAGGAGCGGUUGUCUGUUGCCGCGGAGAUGCGGACCUGAAACUGGAAAAUGCUGCUGGCGCCUCACGAAAGAUCCUCCUCAAGGAAGAGGACGGAGCUGAAUCGCUGGAAGCAGCUUACAAGGAAACCGAGUCCCAAGAGAGUAGAGAAAACCUCAGAAUAUGCAGUUUCGAAAGCAUUUUCUGCUGGAAAUUCAGAUUUUUCUAGAAGGCUUUGGGGCCAAAUCAUUGAUUUGGAAACAUCUGAGCAAAUAGAGAAUCAUGAUGAAGUCUAUGCAGAAGCUCAGGAGCUGAUCCAUGACUGGUUAGACACCAAACUUAAGCAAGAACUAGCAAGUGAUGGGGACACUGAAGACAUUGGGUCAAGUAUCCCUCCUGUGUCAGAGGUCAAAGGUCAUUUGCAGUAUGACAAGUUUGACGAUUUAUGUAGCCAUUUGGAGGAAGAAGAAGAAAGUACCACCAUUCAAAAAUUUAUAGACCAUCUGCUCCAUAAAGAUGUGGUGGAUUCCAGGAUGUUGGAAGAUCUUGGAAUGAAUGGAAACCAAGACCAGAAGCAGCAGAAGGAUCCUCGUCUUACCAUGGAGAUGAGACAUAAGCAGGUAAAAGAAAAUCGCUUAAGACGGGAGAAAGAGCUGGAGCGCCAGAGAAUUGAAAAGACCCUGAAAAAAUCGGCCUUUUUAGAGGCUCAGUAUCUGGUGCAAGAAGAAAAGAAAAGGAAGGCUCUGGAAGCCAAGAAAGAGGAGGAAGAGAUUCAAAGGGAGAUGGUAAAGCUGCGGAGAGAAAUAAUUGAGAGGAGGCGCACUGUGGAAGAAGCAUGGAAAAUAGAGAAGAAGAAGCAAGAAGAAAAUUCUCCAAAUAUUCCAGAAAGAGGCAUGUUUCAAACUGUUCCUAUUCUGGAUGAAGAAGAAAUGGCAAAAGAAAGAAAGAAGAAACUGAAAGAGUUAUUAAUCCAGACUUUCAAGGAAAAUCACCAGUGUCAAAAACGCUAUUUCUCUGCCUGGCACAAGCUGAUGCUUGAUCACAGGAUUAAGCUGGGGAAAGCUGGGAUCCUGUCCGACUGGAAGUUACAACUGAGAGUCCUAAAGGCCUGGAGAGACUACACAAGAUCUCAGAAGCUGGAACGGGAGACGCAAGCCAUGGAAAACGACCUUAGGGAAGAAAACAGAAAACAACAACUGGCCACUGAGUAUAACAGGAAACAAGUUCUCCGGUACCACUUUACAGAAUGGCAUCACUGGCAUUGUGCAGAGAUCCUAAAGAGAGAGCUGGCUGUCACAAAGGAGGAAACAAGGAAGAAAAUGAAUGAGUUGCUGAAGGCAGCAUCACUAGGGAAACUCGGUGCAAAUGGGUCAUCAGGCAUCAAUCUACUCCAGGAGACAGCCAAGGUGGAUCCACCUGUACAAAAUGGAGAGGUAACUGCCAUACCCACUUUGUGGGCCAUGCCUCCCUCUGGGAACAUUGGCUGUAUGCCCAGUCCCCCACUAGGAAGACCAGCAAACAGUAUCUUGGAGGUUCCCCUCCAGAAUGUCCCUCUGAACACAUCUGACAGUGAGCCACAGAAGGCCCUGGAUGUGGAACCUUCCCAACACCCUAGCCCCAACAAGAGGCUCAGAACCACCAGCCAGAAAGCAGAACCCAUUUGCCUGGGCCAUUUCCACAACCGCCACGUCUUCCAGCAACAGCUGAUUGAGAAGCAAAAGAAGAAACUGCAGGAACAGCAGAAAACAAUUCUGGAGCUGAAGGAAAGCCAGAGGUUGGCGAAGGCUCAGUGGGCCGUGGCGCGUGCUUCAGCAGUCACAGAUACACAGAGCCACCUGCCGUCAAACCCCAGAGAAGAUGAACCAAAAAGAACCUGCCAGGUGCUUCCAAAUUCUCCUGUUGCUUCCCCUCUGACUGAAGGUAGUAGAAGUGACUCCCGAAAUUCUCUUUCUGGACCCAGAAGGAACCCAAGGCGGCUGACGGCACCCCAUCCCAUACUUAAAGCCAUGGAAGAGAGAGCAGUUCAGCGAGCUGAACGUAGACGGAUCUUGGCAGAGAGGAAGAAAAAACAAGAAGAGGAGAAAUUGGCCCAGUUAAAAGCCCAAGAGGAGGAGCGUCAGAAGAGGGAGGCAGAAGAAAAGGAGGCUCAGCUCGAGAGAAAACGAGAAGAGAAGCGACUGAAGAAAAUGAAAGAACUAGAGAAACAGAAGAGAAUUAAGAGGAACCAACAGCUUGAAGCAAUAGCCAAAAAUCAUUAUGAAAGGGUAUUGCUAAGAAAAAAAGUUCUGGAGCCUUGGAAGAGAUUGAGAAUGCAAAGCAAGCAAAACAUCCAGGUGGCUGAAGAACAUCACUCUUUGGCCCUACAGAGGAAAUGCCUGCUAACCUGGUUCCAGCAUAGUCGGGAGAGCCUGGCAAGGAAGAUGGCCCGGGCUGACCAGUUUUAUUCCCAAAUGUUGCUCAGGAGAGCCAUCCGCAGCUGGCGGCAGUACCUGACUGACCUGGAGGAAGAAGUUAAAAGACAGUGUGUACACUUCCUUCAGAAGAAGGUUUUCCAGACCUGGUUCAACACAGUCAGGGAGGCCAAGGUCGCUUCUCAGAGCAAGCACAAGGCCGCGGUGCAGCAUAGUGACAGGAGGAUUCUCUGGAUCACAUUUCAGACAUGGAAGAAGUUUGCAAAAUUUAUGCAAGAGGAAAGAGUAAGAGAAGAAAGGCGAGAGCAACUCCGUAAGAAGGUAGCUGAGAUUCUUCCAGAUUUCCAGGUGCUGGCACCACCGUGACGCAGUUGUACCGGCCGUCGUGUACUCGGCCCUCGUGGAAGAGGAGUCCUGCGUGUGCAGAGCACACAAGCCAGUGCAGUGCUCGGAUGGGGUGUCCACCGGUCCAUAGUAUGCAUGUGUCAUCACCACCCACCCACACAUACGCGCAUACACUUCGUUUAUGUUCUGUCACGUCCUUCUUGGAGCAAAGGAAUUAUUUUGUGAAUUUGCACGUCCUUAUUUCUUAGGUUGCUAAUCAGUUCACUACAUCAUUUGUCACAGCAGGAUUAUCCAAAGGAACAGUCUAGAGAGCUCCGCUGUUCAAAUGUAUCCUACAUAUUUUUAGCAUCAUAAACUUUAAAAAGGGCAAGUGUUUGCUUGCCUGAGCUUGUGGAGGAAAAUGUGUCCUUAUAGCUUAACAAGAGUUGUUGACCAAUGUAACUCCAGUUAAACAUAAAUUAAAACUAGUGAGGAAAGGAGCCAUGCCAUCUCAUACCUUAGCAUCAGUAACAGGCAUUCUGCCAGACCACGUCCUUUUUUCACCCACCCCAAUGGAAAACCACAUAUUGAAAGGUAUUCUGUGUAGCUGAUGCAAAGGGUAACAGCGUAUCCUAAUUUCAGAGAAAUUGGGGGACCACAGAUACUUCUCUUCAGUGCACCUUGAUAAGCAGGAAGGGAACUGCCAAAAGCUAAUGACUGUCAAAGGCAGCCCAUCAAUUUGUUUAAAUAUCUGUUCGUGCUCUCACUUGCAACUUCUAAGUAAUACCUAAUGUGGCAUCUAGUCCUCAGCUCAGUUUGUUCUAUAUAUCAAGAUGUUUAUCUUGAAUUCAAAGAAUGUUUUAGUCAUUAAGGUGCUAAAGACUAUAAAGACAAAAUGCUCCCUUCUGUGAACUGAAUUACCUGCUAGAAAAAAUUGUUUUCAUUACAAAAUACAUGUUUAUUACAACAAAUUCAGGGAGAUAAAUGUACAGAGUGAAAUAGAAGGCCCUUAUAGCUCUGAGGUAACUAUUAUUUAGCAAGUUGAAAAUCUGAGUUGGUAAAGUAAAAUUCGGUGUUGUUCAGUACAUUCUGUUAUUGUGCCUUACUUCCUAGAAGGGGUUUCUAGCUCUACCACCUGCAAAAUGACUUCUGUCCUUUUUCUAUGGAAGAUGUGUGAUGAUUUACUCAGAUAUGACAAAACACCCUAAGUUGAACUUCAUUUCUUCCAGUGUCCCUGUCCCCUCACUUUUUCCUUUAAUGUGACUGAUUAUACAGUUGUCAUCUAAAAAUUAUUUUUAAGAUUGAUGGUUGCUAAAGAAAAUGGGAAUGAAAGUACUCAUAUUCAAUCUCUUUCCAUCUAAAUCACUGUCUGUUUAUACCUAACUAUACUACAGUUGUAGAACAUUGGCUGACAGUACCUUGU